AUGAUCGAGGAUUCUGGAGAAAGGCCUGCGCAGGAUCCAAACGAGUUCGCUGUGGAUAGUUUUGCUACCAAGGUAGCUGAAAGCGUAGAGAGCAAGCUGUUCGGGAUUAAUCUCCUGUCACGGAUGCAAGGAUUCCAGGAGGAGAAGGCGCCAACGUUGAAGCAAAAAGGAUAUCAAUAUCAGGCGGAUUUCAACGUACAAGUCAUCAACAUGUUAGCGGAAGCUAAGAGGAAAGGAAGUUUCGAGGAAGCGAUUGACAAGGCUUCAGCGAUGCUCCGGAAACGAAAUCAGGAGAUUGUGUUGCUAGACAGAAAUCCAGCAGCUCUCAAACAGGUCGAAAGUAUGCGUGCAAUUUCGGAAUUGACGGGAACAUCGGAUUCAAGUGACACGAAGCUUUUGGCUUGGCGUCGAUUCUCGCUAGAGAAGAACCGAGUGCUUCGAGAAGACCAGGCCCAUCGAGGCAGUUGUUUCGAUAUUCGGACUUCGGGGGACGGCGCCCUGAAGUCCGGCAAUUCGCAGCCCAUCAACACCAUUACCAGCCAAGACCCUUCCGAAGAAUGCACGAAGCAGACGGUUUGGGAGCUCAUCCUACAAAACGAGCGGUUAUCCACUGUUACAAUUGUGGAGAAGGAGGACAUUACGCCAAUCAAUGUGCGAAACCAAGGUAUGGUUAAUCCAAAUUUAACGUCUAGUAAAGCCAAAUUUUGGGCUAGUAUUCCAGUUACUCCGUGGAUUUUAGAAGUAGUAGAAAGAGGUUUUGAGAUUAUAUUAAUUGAGAAUUUUAAAUUACCACAUCCUCUGGGGAUAAGAAGAAUGUCGAACAGAUUGUUAGAUUUCGUUCAUGAAGAAGUGGGGAAAUUAUUGGAAGCAGGAGUAGUGGUGGAAACAAUCAAUCCGAUAGUAUGUAGUCCACUUCAAGUAGCGGAUAAUGGGAAGAAGUUAAGAUUGAUUCUAGACUUAACAGCGCUAAACAAGGGAAUUGAGACACCUAGGUUUCGAUUAGAAGAUUGGAGAGCGGUAUGGUCAUUCCUAGAAAAAGCGAAUUAUGCUGCGACUUUCGAUUUUAAGAGUGGGUAUCAUCACAUCAAAAUCGCCGAUCCCUCUUCUGACCUUUUAGCUUUUUCACUGUCAGAUCCCCCACUAGCUCCUUUUUAUAAGUUUACAGCACUGCCGUUUGGGCUGAGCUCAGCUCCAUGGCUUUUUACCAAGGUUUUUAGGCCUUUAGUGGGCAGAUGGAGAGAAAAGGGGGUAAAAAUUUUCCUAUAUAUUGAUGACGGGUUAAUAUUAGCGAAGACGAGGGAAGAAGCGGUAGAAGCGGUGAGAUUAGUAAGAGAGGGGCUGGCAGCAGCAGGUGUAACAGUAGAAGAAGAAAAAUCGUUCUGGACACCGAGUGAACAGUUUACUUGGUUAGGUAUUAAAUGUGACCUGGUCACUAAGUCAAUCAGAUUGACAGAAUCUAGAGAAGUUUCCCUGGGAAAUCAGUUAGAUAAGAUGAAAAAGAGCAAAGCGCCAACGAUCCUGGAUCGUCAAAAGUUAUGCGGUUUCAUUUCUUCAAUGUCUAUUGUUGCAGAAUGUGAGUCAGUGCAGCGGCAACGACAUCUGGCGGCCACAGUGGCGAGGGUGACUUCCGGCAACCCAAAAAAGCAACACCUUCAAGUGUCAAUGUCUCAGAGUGAGUUGUUUGAAGUUGAAUUCUGGGAGAGAAAGCUAAAGAAGGGAGACUUAGUGAGAAAUAUAAACGAAGAACAAUUUGAUCCUACUUGGUACCUAUACACUGAUGCUUCAGCAGAAGGAAUGGGAGCAGUUCUUAAAAAUAGCAGAAAAGAGACAGUUUGGCAAGCGUCAGAGAUAGGUGAUGUGAGUUUCCGAAAGGAAUCUAGCGCUUUGAGAGAGCUGAGGGCGGUGGAGUUCGCGACAAGAACACUGAGAGAGCAGAUAAGAGGCGCGAUUUCUAUACACUCGGAUAGUCAGGCGGCAGUGUCAGUACUGAAGAAAGGUUCGAUGAAACUAGAGUUGCAUAAGGUAGCGGAGAGAGUAUGGGACAGUGUAGAGCAAAUUGGGCCGGCAAGGUUCUUGUGGAUUCCCCGCGAGGAAAACACAGAAGCUGAUGCAGCAAGCAGAGAGUUUGAUACAGAUGACUGGGGAGUACAAAACUGGGCGUUUGAAUGGGCCCAGAAGAGAUGGGGUCACGUAAAAUGCGAUCUGUUCGCUUCAGAGAGAAAUGCUAAACACAGUGUUUACUUUUCCAGAUAUCCCGAGCCCACCUCCAGCGGAACCGACGCUUUUGACCAUUUCACGUGUGCAGCAAAGUCCCUUACUUGGUGGGUACCUCCGCCUGUUUUGGUGCCAAAAUUGAUUCAAGUAGCUAGAAGGAAUAGGUGCAGGGGAAUUUUAGCGACACCGUUGUGGAAGACACACCCGUCCUAUUUAGCUUUGGUUGACCAGAACGGAAAUUUCAUUAGAGAAAUAAGAGACCUUAGAACUUUUCCCACUGAACCCCAAGGCUUUUCUGGUUCUAGCAUUCUACACACCAUAUCCAUCAUAAAUAAACCUGUAUCAUCCAUAAUUUUCGUUUGUAGUCUUAUAUUUCAGCGUAGGACUAGAGAAAACAAUUUCUCCAUGACACGCAGUGGAGAGGAGAAUUGUUUGUUUUCUCUGGGAUUAGCUGGUACCUUUGCGCGCUCCGGGGAUCCCGCCACGAAAGAGGGGAGAGAGGGGGAAGCGCCGCCCAUCGGGCCUCCAGUCUACGUGUCAAGAGAGCGAAUGACACGUCUUCGACACCUAGGAAAAGCUCUACGGAAGAGCUCAGGAGUAGUGGCAGAGAAGACAAUGGCAGAGAACAGUGGCAAUGAAGCAAAGAAAAGGCCGAAACUGCGAAAAAGAGAAAGAGCCCUGCUCAUUAAGAAAUUUUACCAACGACACCUAAAAAGAAAAGUUCUCGAACAACGUCGAAUUCGAAAUGAGGAACCGCUCGGGACGUCUUCAUUCACCAUAACUAUGAUGGUCAGGAGGCAGAUGGAGAACAACCCGCAUUCACGGAUGCUCGAAUCAGUAUGGUCAGAGAAACUAGAGCGCAGCGAUUCAUCGAACACUGAUGAGUUGCCGAUGAAGCCAACAAAUGCGGAUGCAGUGACAGCAAAUCAGAUCGGUGCACAGUUCCCGACGGAAUGGAAAACCGAAAAAAUUUUUAAAGGGGGGGGAACUCUCGGUUAA